AUGUCAUUUGACAUUCAAAAAUAAAAAAAAACUCAAGACAAUAAAAUAACAAUGGUUAAUGAAAUGGUCUUUCUAAAUAUGACUAUUUAAUCACCUGUCAAAAUAACACCAUUAUUAAAAAAAUAAAAAACUAGAAAACAAUACAAAAGAGCUGCAACUAUCAUUGAUGAUGAUGAUUUAUAUAAAGGACCAUUUGAAGACAGUAGAGUAACAAGAAUGAUCUUUGAGAAAUAUAGAAUAGUUGAAUUAACUCGAUUCUGGUUUAUAAUUGCAUGUAUGGUGCUAACGAUUUUAGAAGUAUAAAUGUUUUGA